GAUUCAGAGGGUCUUAUAGUACUUAACAUUGGAAGCUACAUGGGCGGAGUAGAUCUUUGGCAAAAUGAUUAUGAACACGAUGAUGAUAAUUUUAGCAUUCAGUCUAUGCACGACAAGACUCUGGAGGUCGUAUGUGUCCGUGGCGCGUGGCACCUUGGGAAACUACAGGUCGGUCUUUCGCAGGCUAGGAGGUUAGCACAGGGGAACGUAGUAAGAAUACAUGUGUCUAGUCCUUUCCCUGUUCAAAUAGAUGGAGAACCGUUUAUUCAGCAACCUGGUAGCUUGGAGAUAACUCACCACGGGCAGGUGUUUAUGUUAAGAAGGGCAUCAGAUGAACCUAGAGGCCAUGCGGCGGCCAUAAUGAACGAGGUGUUACUGGAUGCAGAAUGCAAAGGAGUGAUAAACGCAGCUCAAAAGAAACAACUUCUUCAACAAAUGGCUCUCAAUCUCUUCUAGAAGAAGAAGAAGAAGUACAAAUUUUGCUGACAAUGUCUUACUCUUACCCAAUUAGAAAAAGACCGGGUACGAGAUUUUUGCCUUGUUUUAUUUUUAUUUGCCUCUGGUGUUUGUGAAGAAUGUCAUUGUAUAGUGUACUCUAAUAUUGGCGUCAGAAAAGUGUUAACUAGAAGAGAGAAAAGAAGAGUAAAAAACUUUGAUCAAAAUAUACAUACAGACUCUGGUCGUUUUUUUGGUUAUUAUACAAAAGCCAUGCAGAAGAAAAGAAAGGCUUAAUUUGCAUCCAUUCGUAGCUUCUCGUAUAAGAUUCAGUUACGUGUAUAAUGGAUAGAGUAUGAGAGGUGUUUAUUAGGUUCAGCACUCCAAGCCCAAGGACCAGCCUGGCUUGUCCGUCCAUUCAAUCUUGUAUAAGAGGACGAACUGAAACAGCACUUUAAUAUUUGUUUAAACAGAUUCUUCCUCUUUUAGACAUGAAUCAAAUGGUAGAAUUAGCGAUUACACCCACCUUAAUUUUGAACAGUAUUAACAUUGGAACAAAACUAAAGUUUAUGAUAUCAUUUCACGUCUUAUGGAUUUAGCUCGUUUCUAUCUUUAUUUUGUUCUAUGUUUAUAAUUAUUCUCUUUUAAUUUUUGGUCGGCUCUGGAUAAAUAAGCUCAUUUCCAUCUAUCCUCUGACCAGAAUAAAUAUUUUUGGAAAAGAGCAUAACAUUUUCAAAUUUUAUAGCGAAAAAAAUUCUAGAAAAAAUUAUAGCCAAAAAGAGACAUCAUUUUAUUUUAUAUUUAUCCAGGUAGUGCUUUGUAUAUAUUGAGAUGUUUGUUUCUAUUUUUUUUGUGUGUUUAAACAAGAUUUUUGUUUCUAAUUAUGUUCAUUUCAAAACCGUAAAUCAUAAAGGAUUUCAACGCCUUUUUGCCAAAAAGAAAACAAUAUAUGCUUGGUUUUCAUUUUCCAAUACAAAAAUAGUAGGUUUUUCUAAUUCUGCUAGAUAAUAUGGAUUUUUUAGUCGACAUAAUAAGCUCAUUUCCAUUCAUCCUUUGUCCAGAAUAAAUAUAAUAUUUUCAAAUUUCAAAGCAACAUAUAUUCAAGAAAAAGUUAUAGCCAAAAAGGGACAUCAUUUUAUUUUAUAUUUAUCCAGAUAAUGUUUUGUAUAUAUUGAGAUUUUUGUUUCUAAGUAUGUUAUUUUUUUGAAACACUGUUUCUAAUUAUGUUCACUUUAAUACUUUACAUCCUAAAGAAUUUCAACGCCUUUUGGCUAAAAAGAAAACAAUCAAUGCUUGGAUUUUCUAAUACAAAAAUAGUAGUUUUUUUCUAAUUCUGCUAGAUUAUGCGGAAUUGUUAUUCAACAUAAUAUUAAUUCUUUUAAAAGAAAAAUAAAUGUUUAGAACGAUUACAUUAUCUAUUUCAAAUUAUUUGAAAAUAAAAUAAAAACGAUUAUUAAAUAUGAAGUCCAGUUUUUUUUUCAUAAAUUCGAAAAUAAUAUAUUAAUUCAAAAAAUUAUAUAUCAUUUAUUACUUAUCAUCAUCGUUUUCUUUAAAUUUGGACAGUUUUGUUUUCUCGAAAAAAACGUUAUAUAUAUAUAUAUAUAUAUAUUGAAAAGAAGAAAGUAAAAAUAAAAAAGAAUCUUGAAAAGAAAAAAAAACCACUCAGCUCUCCGCACCAUGUAUAGUGGGAAGAACUCUUUUUCGAAUCUGAACGUCUUUUAGCUCAAAAAGACGAUAGAUAGCAUUCCUCCCCCAGACACAUCCUGCUACCUAACCCCCCGGAACUCGAGGAGAAACCUAUGAACAGAGAUUGGUUUUUCCAAAGGUUCUAACUUUUCGCUUGCCCAGAUUUUGCCA